CCCACCGUCUCCCCGCAGCCCCUCAUGCUCGGCUGCGAGCUGCCCGUGGGCACCUGCCCGGACAUGUGCCCGGCCGCCGAGCGCGCCCAGCGCGAAAGGGAGCGCCGCCUACACCGCUUGGAAGUGGUGCCGGGGUGCCGCCAGGACCCGCCCCGCGCCGAUCCGCAGCGCGCGGUGAAGGAGUACAGCCGACCCGCCGCCGGCAAGCCCCGGCCCCCACCCAGCCAGUUGCGUCCGCCCUCCGUGCUGCUGGCCACGGUACGCUACCUGGCCGGUGAGGUGGCGGAAAGCGCCGACGCUGCCCGCGCCGAGGUGGCCAGCUUCGUGGCAGACCGCUUGCGAGCUGUGCGCCUGGACCUGGCCCUGCAGGGCGCGGGCGACGCCGAGGCAGCGGUGGUGCUGGAGGCGGCGCUGGCCACGCUGGUGGCCGUGGUGGCACGGCUCGGGCCCGACGCGGCGCGGGGACCUGCUGACCCGGUGCUGCUGCAGGCCCAGGUGCAAGAGGGCUUCGGCUCGCUGCGGCGCUGCUACGCGCGGGGCGCGGGACCACACCCCCGCCAGCCAGCCUUCCAGGGCCUCUUUCUGCUUUAUAACCUGGAGAUGGGGUCUCGCAUGUUGCCACUUGAAUUCCUGGGCUCAAGUGAUCCUCCUGCCCCACCCUCCCAAGUAGCUGGGUGCCUGCCAUCAUGCCCAGUUAAUUGUUUAUUUUUGUCCACACUGCUCUUGCGAAGAAGGCAUAGUAAUUAUCCCUGCUCUAGUGGGGGAAGAAAUCGAAGCCCUGGGUGGUGAGGUGACUUGCCUGUUGACUCAGCACUGGUUAACAAUAGCAGAGGUAUGACCAUGAUUUUCUUUUAAUUUUUUAAAAUUUAUUUUUAUGUAGGGAUAGAGUCUUGCCAUGUUGACCAAGCUGGUUUCAAACUCCUGGGCUAAAGUGAUCCUACCGCUUUGGCCUCCCAAAGUGCUGGGAUUACAGGCAUGAGGCACUGUGCCCAAACAAGCUCUGUUCUGGCUGGGCCCUCUCUACUAAAAAUGCAGAAACUAGUUGGAUGUGGUGGCACAUGCCUGUAAUCCCAGCUACUCAGGAGGCUGAUGCAGGAGAAUCGCUUGAACCUGGGAGGUGGUAGAGGUUGCCAUGAGCCGAGAGCCACUAUACUGCAGCCUGGAUGACAAAGCAAAUCUGUCUCAAAAAAAACAGGCCCUGUCCUAUACAAUUUUAACAAAAUGCUGUUGACUUCACAACCUACUAAUUGGUCAGAAGCCCUAGUUUACAAAUGAGGCCCAAAGUUCCAGUGUCUGAGACUCUUCUGGAAGGGAAGCAGGGGCAGAGUCUCCUGAAGGAAGGGGCCUUCCCAGGUGUUGAGGGGAAGGUGGGGCAGAGUUGGCUCCCAAAACCAUGGGUGCAGGGAAGCCAGGGUAGUGGGAAAUCCAAGUCAGAAAACUUGGACUGGGGUCAGGCUCAACUACAUACCCACCCUAGGACACUCUCAGGCGAAUCAUUAAAUUAUCUGGGCCCGCUUCCCAAAUCCGUAAACCCUGCCCACUUCAGUGCUGUAAGGAUCUGGACUGCAGGAAGUCAAGAGCCUGAGGCAACUCAUUCAAAUAUGGGUCAGGGAAGGAGCCAAAGGCUGGCCCUUAGAGGGGAAAGGGAAGUUAGGCUAGGCCUAGAGAAGGGGUGUGGUCGAGAAGAGAGGAAGGACAAGGUGUUGGGAGGGGAGAUGGGCCUGAUCCUGUAAGGACCAGGCGUCCUCAUUCUGGCUUCCUGCU